GAUUUUCAAUCUUUAUUUUUCUUUUCUUUCCAAUUAACAAGGUUUUGAUCAAACCCAACGAUAGGCAAACGAAGUAAUCAAUAUGUCAGUCCGUUCAACUACUGUAAUCCGUAAUGUUUUGUUUGGUAAACGUAUAUUACCUGCCUUUAAGCCAGUCUUUCGACAUAUUGUCAAAGAGCCAUUUGUCGGAAGGAUUUCCGUUGCUAGGUCGAAACCUACUUUGCGGUUUUACUCUUCGUCAGGAAAACAACAAGCUUCUGAAAUAUCUUCUAUGGCAUCCUCUCCCGAAAUAAUUCAGGCUGCUAAAGCUCAACCCAAACCAUCAAAAUUGAGAGAACUUACCCAAAAAUACGGCGCAGUAGGCGUUAUUGUCUAUCUCGGUGUUGGUGUAGUAGAUUUGGGUGUCACAUUUGGUGUCAUUCAAUUAGUAGGACUGGAUAAAGUAAAGGCUUUAGAAAAGGGUGUCUUAGAUGUGUUUUACGAUACUGGCGCGAGAUUUGGAAUUACAAAGAAGCCAACCGUAGAUAAUGGCUCAGAUGUUGUCAUGAACGAAGAUGAUACCCCAUCUUUUGCUUCUGUAUUUAUUUUAGCUUACGGCAUCCAUAAGACUCUUCUACUUCCCGUAAGACUCGGUAUUACUGCUGCUAUUACUCCUGCUUUUGUACGUAAACUGCAUCAACUCGGUUGGGCCCGUUAUUUACCCAAAUUCUUGGGUGUACCCGUACCAAAAUAACUUCAAACUAUACUAAUUAAUACCAACACACUUUUGCUUUCCUCUAAUUUGCAUAUUCUCGCACUGUAUAAAAUAAUAAAUCAUUGAUUAAAAUAAGCCACAACAUCA